UCCAGGUUCUGGGUGGUACAAUGUGGCGCUGCGCGCUGCUGCUGCCGCACUCGGAGGACGCAUGAAGACUGCGGACAGUCGGAACCACAUUUGUCAAAGUCAGUCUACCUCCACUCACCAUGAGAGCCCUCAUCCUCGCCUGCCUGCCGGUUCUGCUGCUUGCUCAGACCAGGUACCAGGAGCCUUUGCCUUUUUUCGAAGAUUAUGAGGAAUAUUUCCCAGUUGAGCCCUCUCCUCCUCCUGGGAGCUACCAGCAGCAGGUCCUACUGGGCCCAGUCGUCAACCCUGACAAAGCAGUGUUAGUGUCGGAGACUAAUUUGGAGACCGAGCCCACGGAACCAGGACCUCUUGACUGCAGGGAGGAGCAGUACCCCUGCACCCGCCUCUACUCUGUCCACAAGCCCUGCAAGCAGUGUCUGAACAGCCUCUGCUUCUACAGUUUGAGACGGAUGUACGUCAUCAACAAGGAGGUGUGUGUGAGGACUGUGUGUGCGCACGAAGAGCUGCUCAGAGCUGACCUCUGUCGUGACCAGUUCUCCCGCUGUGGCGUGGCAGCCGUGAGUGGUCAGUGUGCAUCGCUGGGCGGCAGCUGCGGGAAGAGCUGCGGAGGCUGCUGAUCCGAGACACUUCACCCAUCCGCCACUUCUCCUCGUAGCCUCCUCGUGUACGAGUCUCCCUAAGCUUCCGCGUGUAUUGAUAGUUAAAAGCUCCAAAGAACAUUGAUGAUUGUACGGAUCACUGGUGCUACCAAGCCUCCCACUGGUGCUAAAGAAUCUACUUUCAGAGAUGAUGCCAGACUUUAUUAACCUGCUUCCUGUUCGUUGGUAUUUUACUGUAUUUGUGUAAAGCAGUGAUUCUUCAGUGCACUGACGUCACACUUCCACAGAAAGCAGACAAACGCCACAUCAGUCCAAAUGUUGGUGUCUCAGUGGCAGAAGAACCUUGAGAAGGCGAUUGUGUACUACUGCUUUGUUUCACUGUCACUAUAAAGACUCAG